ACAACUGUCCCUGAUGGUCGUUGAGUAGUUUUAACGGAGCUGAUGUUGCAGGUCGUAUCACCGACAUCCUGAACCGUGAUCCACCGGGUCCAAGUUGGUGGCGUUGAGUCUGGUUCUGAUCCAGCUGCUCUGGUCACUGACCCAACCUGAAUAUUUGAGUGAAUUUUGUGUGUUCCUUCUGAAAUGGACGGCUCUGGGAACCAGCUGCUGCACCUGGACGUCCAGGUGGAUGAACGGGGACCUCGUGGAGGAAUCCUGGACCUGCUGAGGAGACUCCGUCCUCACUGGAAGGCUCAGGACAUCAAAAUGAAGACCUUCACCGAGGGCAUCACCAACCAGCUGAUCGGCUGCUACGUGGGCUCCCUGCAGGAUCCCGGCUCCGUGCUGGUGCGGCUGUACGGCCGGAUGACGGAGCUGUACGUGGACCGGCGCCGGGAGCUGCAGAUGUUCCAGCUGUUCCAGGCCCACGGCUGCGGCCCCGCCAUCUACUGCAGCUUCAGGAACGGCAUCUGCUACGAGUUCACCAGGGGGACGGUGCUGGAGGACGAGCUGCUGAGAGAGCCCUCCAUCUACAGGCUGAUCGCCGCGGAGCUGGGCCGGAUCCACGCCAUCCCGCCGGAACAGGGCCGACCCGCCGAGCCGGUGCUCUGGGCCAAGCUGGCCCAGUUCCUGGGACUGGUUCGGACCGAGCUGGGCGGGGAACCGGGUCGGCAGCAAGGCAGCGACAGUCCUGCAGGCCUGCAGCUGCCCAGCUGGGAGACUCUGUCCUCAGAGGUGGAGUCUCUGCAGAGACACCUGUCCCAGGUGGACUCACCUACAGUCCUCUGCCACAACGACCUGCUGACCAAGAACAUCAUCCACCACCAAGGGACGGUGAAGUUCAUCGACUACGAAUACGCAGACUACAACUACCAGGCCUUCGACAUCGGAAACCACUUCAACGAGUUUGCAGGUGUGACAGAUGUGGACUACAGCCGGUACCCGACCUUUGACCUGCAGAGGGACUGGCUGACGGUCUACCUGCAGAGCUACAAGACCAGCAGGGGGCGGGAGGCCGUCGUCACGGAGACCGAGGUGGAGCGGCUCCACGUUCAGGUCUGCAAGUUCUCCCUGGCCUCCAACUUCCUGUGGGGUCUCUGGGCCAUCCUGCAGUCCCGCUACUCCUCCAUCGACUUCGACUUCCAGAGAUACGCCCUGGCGCGACUCAACUACUACUUUGAGAAGAAAGAAGAGUAUCUGGGGUUGGAAGUGGGCCCUCCGAAGCCCUGAGUUGGAGUUUUCUCUGUCACAUCGUACGACGAAGCUGCCGUGGAAGUGGAAGUGCUAAACGUCCUCCCUGUUGUUUGUUAUUUCAGUCCUCCGGGGGAGUUUCGCUCGCUGCCAUCACUGUGAUUUUUAGAAUAUUUGUUUGACCACAGUCAGCAUGCUGAUAAGCCCGUUUGGCAAAUUGAGACGACGCUGCUGCCAGAAAAGCAUUAAUUGUUCCCACGUUCAGCCAAGUCGCACGAAGCCGCAGAAACUGAGGCUGAUCAUAAAAGCCAUGAGAGGGUUAUUUGUGGGCUGAUUGAGCCGAACCGCGGUUCUGACGGAAAACAAGCUCCAGCUCAGCGCAUUAGCAGUGCAUGAUGGGUGUUAUCUGAAACGCUGCUCUCUCCUCGCAGCGCUGCACCGCUGCUUAGCUCAAUGUGUCAUCAUCUAAGUGUUAAAUACGCAUGGAAGGGCAGCGAGAUGUGAAAAAGUUCAGUAAAUCCUGUGACUGCUUCUCUUUUUAAAUGUAAAAACUAAAUAAA